AUGCACCCCCUCAACAGCUCCGUGCCCCGUCAACGGUGCUGUAGACCCUCCGCCGUCUCAACACCACCUCCUUUUCCUCGGUUCCCUUCAAUCCCCCCUUCCCGCGUAUCCCUAAUCUCAUGGAGCACCGCAAGCCCAGCCUCCCCGCCUACCCACGAGCAGGCCCGAUUUUCCCUCAGCGGCGCUUCUGUUCGGAGCGGCAGCGGAUUUUCCCGCGGCACCGUGGGAGCUGAAACCAGCGCCUGCUGCGGUAACAGCAGCCGCCAUCGCCGCUCCGCCAUUUUUUGCGUGUCGUCUUCCGCGCACGCCCUAACUCCGCUCUCCUCAUCCGCUCGUGUUGGAUCUCUAACCGCGGGGAAGAAUGUUGACACGAGGGGAAACUCCGCAUCUGCGCGGAGCAACCAGGGAACGCGGAAUGAGAUUUUGUCGCAAGGAGGCGCUGGGGUUGCAAACAGGCCUUUCCUCAAAGGGAUGGGGGUGGGGCCGGGGCUUCGGAGAACAGGAGGGGACGGAUUCGGGAGUCGUAGAGGGGCGGCGGAAGUUGGUGCGCGAAGAAGAGUGGUGGUGCAAGCUGUGGGUCCCGAGAUAGGCUCGAAUGCGGCGUACGAUGUGAUUGGGUCGCUGGGGCUCGAUACACUCACGUUCCUGGUGGCCACCGUUAUUGUCAUCCCCGCAUUUAAGAGCCUCAAAAUAAGCCCGAUUCUCGGAUUUCUGCUAUCGGGAGUUGCUCUUAACGAGUUGGGGCUCAUUCGGAACAUCACCGACGUCAAGGCGCUGAGCGAGCUCGGAAUUUUGUUCCUCGUGAGUGACUACAGCGGUGCCUUUCCUCUGCUCUCUCUCUUCGAAAUGGGCCUUGAGCUUUCCCUCGAGCGACUCAGAGCACUCGCCAAGUUCGCAUUCGGCAUGGGCCUUCCCCAGGUUCUCCUCACAACGCUUGCCUUUACAGCGUUCGAGCUGCCAAUUGACAAUGCCAUUGGCACGCGCGCACUCGAAUUCCUCUUUGGGGCCAAAGCUGAUCUGGUGAACAUCCGGUCACUAGAUGAAGCUGUGGUCAUCGGAGCUGCUCUUGCACUCUCCUCCUCCGCCUUCGUGCUUCAGCUUUUGUCUGAAAAGGGUGAGCUCGCCACUCGCUACGGGUCUGCAACUCUCGGCAUCUUGCUGCUGCAGGACAUUGCAGUCGUCCCUCUGCUCGUCAUUCUCCCUAUCCUCGAAAACGGGGACUUCACGGACGACUCCAUCUUCCCUCUGCUCGCUUUGGAGGGAGCCAAGUCGUUGCUGGGCCUCGGAGUGCUGCUCUACACGGGGCGCAUCGCUUUGCGACGGCUGUUUGAGUUCGUGGCUGAGUCGAGAAGCUCAGAGGCGUUCAUUGCGCUCUGCCUGCUCACAGUCACGGGAACAUCUCUCAUCACCAGCAAGCUCGGAUUCAGUGACUCGCUGGGAGCGUUUCUAGCAGGAGCACUGCUGGCAGAGACCAACUACCGCACGCAGGUGGAGGCAGACAUCCGCCCCUUCAGAGGGCUGCUGCUGGGGCUCUUCUUCGUCACCACUGGCAGCUCCAUCGACCUCAACCUGCUGGCAUCGGAGUGGCCCAACAUCCUGGCGCUCCUCGUGGGCCUCAUAGGCAUCAAGGCGGCCAUAAUCACGGCGUUGGGGCCGCGUGUGGGGCUCACUCUCUCGGAGUCCGUGCGCACGGGGCUGCUGCUCUCCCAAGGGGGUGAAUUCGCCUUCGUCGUCUUCGCCCUCGCCAACCAGCUCGGCGUUCUGCCAUUGGAGCUGAAUCGCCUGCUCAUCAUCGUGGUGGUGCUCUCCAUGGCGCUCACGCCCUUCCUCGACGCCCUGGGGCGCAGAGCAGCAGAAUACAUAGAAGACAACAUCGAAUCCAAGGAUGCUGCCACUGUUGCUGCCGGCGGCGUGGGUGGUGGGGCGGUUGUUGGUAGACUGGGAGCGGGUGGGAAUGGAGCGAUGAGCGAAGCUGAUGGCGGCAUGGAAGGCGAAGUGGCAUCCCACUCUACACACUUCGCCGGUGCGGAGCCGAUAGUCAUCCUGGGGUUCAACCAGAUGGGGCAGGUGCUAGCCAACUUCCUCUCCACGCCACUUGCAGCAGGGUCAGGGGGAGACGCUGCUGGUUGGAACUUCAUCUCCUUCGAUCUCAACCCCAAGCGCGUGCGGCUUGGUGCAUCGCUCGGUUUCCCCGUCCUGUAUGGCGACGGCAGCCGCCCGGCAGUGCUGGAAUCGGCCGGCAUUCGCCGCCCCAAGGCCUUCAUGGUCGUCUAUUCCAGCCGCACCCGAUCCGUGGCUUCAAUCGAGCGGCUCAAAGAGGCUUUUCCUGGGGUGCCCCUGUAUGCACGGGCAGUGGACUCAAUGCAUCUGUCGGAGCUCAGGCAAGCAGGGGCCACUGACGUUGUGCUGGAGAGCGCUGAGACUGGUCUCCGCCUCGGCUCCAUGCUUCUGCAGGACAUGGGGGUGAUGAGAGACGAUGUGGUGUUUGUGCGGCGCCUAAUGCGGGAUGCCAUGGACCAGAGGGCUCUCUCUGCUUCCUCCUCCUCCCAAUCCUCCGACCUCAUCUCCUCCCGCCCUCUUCUCGACACUCUCAAGGAAACACUCGGUCGUAGAGCCAUUCGGCCCAUAGAACCCACAGCCUUCCUCAUGAAUAAACAAGACGAGCGUACUGCCGCUCCUUCAUCUGCAGCCUCCGCUGCUGCAUCUGCUGCUCUUUCUGCUCUUGAUGGGGACACGAGGCAGCAGGAGAAUCCUGCUAAAGUUGCCGCAUUUACCGCCACUCGUGCAUCCGCAGUGGCCGCUGCAGCUGCAGCUGCCACUACAGUGGGUGUGCUUGUCGCAAGCGAAGCAGACAAAACAGCAGCAGCUCCAAAAGAAGACAGAGAGGACUCACAAGCAAGGGGUUUUGGUGCAGAGAUCCCAUCCCUCGACUCGCCAAUGGGUAUCAACCCUGUAUUCGUACUGGCAGACGCCCAGGCUACUCCUGACGGCAUGCUCCAGUACUUUUCAGAUGGAGAGGACUUUGUGGACCGGAAUCUCAGUCUUGACGCCAGUCAGCUGCCCGCAGGCGCUGCUAUGCCGCCAUCAUUGGACUCACCAGUGGUGCUCGGAGAGGGGUUUGAUUCGGAAGGAGGGCAAGCCGGGGCGGGUGAGAGGCUGGUUUACUUUUCAGAUGGGGAUGACUUCGUGGAUGUGAAGCUGGAGCUUCCCCAGUCAGGCGAUUUCCCUGGAGAAAAUUAA